AUGAUAGGUCUCAAAGUUCCAGUGGUGCAGAUUAACUUGCAUCACAGCAAAGGCGCCUCAGCGAUUUUAGCUAAGGGCAUGGCUGUGAUGCAGACAGCAAUAACACUUGUACAAGCACCAUGGCUCUUGAACAACGCUAUAAAAGGCCUGAGCGGUAGUGGCAAGAUUAUCUCGUUCACCACGCAGAGAAAAAUAAGGACAUGUAUAGUGACAAAAGAUCUAAAUGCAAUCUUUGUGCCGCAGUUCAGUAAUGGAGACAUCACAGUGGUACAAAGGGAAGUCAAGGAGCUGAUGAAAUAUGCGGAGGAGAGAGGGCUGGAGGUACUCCUGGGUUGCGAUACAAACUCCCACCAUGUGGGAUGGGGGAGCACGGGCAUCAACCCGAGAGGGGAAAGCCUACAUGAAUUCGUCAUGGACAGCAAGCUAAUCAUCCUAAACAGAGGAACGGAACCCACCUUCAUGGACUGCAGAAGACGUGAGGUUAUAGACCUAACCUUGUGUACGAGAGGAGUGGCUGACCUGGUGAGAGACUGCAGGGUCUCAAACGAACCUUCGGGAUCUGAUCACAGGCAGCUACGUUUUGCGCUCGAGUACAGGGAAAAGGGGAAAUGGGGUCGCAACCCCAGAGGCACAAACUGGACGAGCUACAGGAAGGACCUUGGGACCAUUCUGAAAAAAGCCCCGUUCAGAUUUAAUACAAAACAGGAUCUAGAAGUGGCGUCGCAGUUUGUCAGCGACGCUAUCAUAGAGGCCUAUGAAGUAAACUGCCCACUAAGGCGGAAACAAGUCUCAACCAAGGUCCCAUAG